CUGGAACUAUAUAUACAAUUACUGAGAGCAUUCUGAGCUCGAAUUCUGUAAAGAAAAAAAAAAAAUUUAUAAAAGGAAAAACUCUCUCUUACUCUUUCUCUCUCAAAGGAGUAGGAAAUUGAAAAGGCAAAGAGAAAGAAAAAUUUUAUAGCUUCGAGAUCGGGACUAGGCUUAGGGUUUCUCUUUGAUAUCUGUUAUUUUGUUUUUUUUUUCUGUAUUUGUGGCUCUCAUAAACCCUAGAGAACAGCUACUUACUGGAAAGGAGUUUGGAUUGGGUGGUAAUUGUUGGUUUGGAUUGAACUGGAUAGGUUUUUCAGACAAGUGUUUUGUUGUUGCGGACUUUUUGGUUUUGAAGUGGUGAAGAAAGAAAGCUGAAAUGCCGGAGGAGGACCUGGUAGAGCUUAAAUUCAGAUUGUAUGAUGGAUCGGAUAUUGGUCCAUUUAGGUAUUCGCCAGCAUCCACUGUGGCUAUGCUUAAGGAGAGAGUCGUCACUGAGUGGCCUAAAGAUAAGAAAAUUGCACCCAAGGCAGCAAAUGACAUCAAAUUGAUAAAUGCUGGAAAAAUUUUGGAAAACAGCAAGACCGUUGGCCAAUGUAGGGUUCCUUUCGGGGAGCUUCCAAAAGGGGUUAUAACCAUGCAUGUAGUUGUGCAGCCAUCUUUAGUCAAAGCUAAAACAGAGAAAAAGGUGGAUGAGGCCCCAAGGAAAAAUUUCUGUUCAUGCUCUAUAUUGUAAGAGAAAAGACAAGAUCCAUUCAGUUCUAAGCUUGUGAGGUUGCGUUGGAGUUGCUAGGAUCUCAUGGCCAUGGAUACUGGUUGCUGGAAAGAUAAUAAUUUGUAAAAUGGUGCCAUUCACCUAGUGCCUCAAUUCGAGGUCAUUUCUUUGUAACUAUAUGCUGGUGAUGAUGUAUUUGUGUUCUAUAAAGUCGCGUGUUUCUGUAUUUCUACAUGUUCUUAUAAUUUCUUUUAUACAAGGCCUUGGGUUCGGACAGUUUCUCAGGCAUAUUAUUUAAUGGAACCUGUUAUGUCUUCCACUCUUGAUUACCAACCUGAAAUAUGUCUUUUACGACCUAUUUUUUCAA